AUGCUGCCUGCCUUUGUGAACACGGCCGCCCAGCAGGGCUGCGAUAGCUAUCUUUACCGUUCUCACCUGCUCCGCACCGGCAUGGAUUUCGAUAUCAUUGUCAAGUGUCGCAAUCGAGUCUGGAAGCUCCACCAGUACAUCAUCUGUAUGGAGUCGGAAAUAUUCAAAAAGGCUGCGGAGCAGUAUAAUACGAUGAGUUUGUUUGACCCUGACUCCGUCGUCGUUGUCAACGACCAGGAUCCCAAUCAACUGGACUGGCUCAUCCAGUACAUGUACGAGGGCACAAUGCCUCCUGACCUGGACAGGGACCUGACGAACCCGUUCAAGAAAUUCUUCGUCCUGGUGUUCUCGGUGAUGAAGCUCAGCCUCGACUACGGCGUCAAGGGCUUCCAGGACCUUGUGGCGGCGCCGCUGGCCAAGAAGCUCCAACACUACAUCGAGGUGGAGAGCGAGAUCAGCACGAUCGACGCGCACGAGACCCCGGGCUUGAAGUUCGCCGCCCCCUUCACCGUGAUCCUCGGCUUCAUCAGCAGCAGACCCGACCACUUCCAGUCGCUGAAGACCUCCCUCGCCACGCUCUUCGCCUCGUACCAGGCCAAGACGGUGCUGGACCAGCGCCCCAGCUUGAGACGUGCCGUUCAAGCGUACCCCGUCUUCUAUGCCGAGGUCCUCCUCAUCCGCAAUAGUCUCCCCGCCGAGUUCGUGAACAACGCGGGUUACUUGUUCAAUAACAAUAACGGCGGCAUGGAUGGCGAUCAGAUGGAUGUUGACACCCCUGCGGUUAAGGACAAGGAGAGCACUGUCAACCCCCCGUUUGAGGAUACGAUGGGCGUUAACACCCAGGCGUCUCCAGACAAGAUGGAAAUUGACUAA